AUGACGGAAGGCGUAUCGUCAUCGAGCGACGCCGCCGCCCAGCGAGCGGCCGAGCAGGCCCGACUGCGCAAGGAGCGCCGCGAGGCCAAGAUCAAGGCGGGCGGCACUUCGCGCCUCGACAAGAUCACCGGCAUCGGUGGCCGCGUGGUAGGAGACAAUGACCAAGCCGCCCCAGAAGCUCCCGCCGACCCUGCGCCGAAACCCGCCGCCGUUGCCGCCAGCGACCCCGACGAGGUGGACAUUUCCGAACACUUUUACUCCCCGGCGGCCGCGCGGCUCGCGACCCAGCAGCAGGCCAUGCCGUCGCCCCCCGCAGGUGGCUUCCCCGGUCUGCCGGCCGACAUGACGGAGGAGCAGCAGGCGCAGUUGCGGCAGAUGAUGCUCGGCGGCGGCGCGCCGCCCAGUGCGGAGGGCGUGCCCGGCGGCGCCGAGGAGGAUCCUCUCAUGAAGAUGAUGGCGCAGAUGAUGGGCGGCGCUGGCGGCGGCGGCUUCCCUGGCAUGCCGGGUGCUGCCGGCGCCGGAGGACCAAACGCCUCCCCCUUUGCGGGCAUGAUGGGCGCCCAGCAGCCGGCGUCGUCCGGCCCGGACGUGUACAGCACAGUCUGGCGGGUCGUGCACGCGCUGCUCGCCCUCGGCCUGGGCCUCUACAUUGCGCUGGUGACGCCCUUUAACGGGACCAGGAUCCAGCGACAGCUGGCCUUUAAAAUGGCCGACGGGCAGGCCAUCGCCGGUGCCGACGAUGCCUUUUACGCAAAAGCACCAGCGGCAGACUACGAGACGCUCGGCGCGGCGGGGCUCGACGUGGCCAAGAAGAACUUUUUCUGGGCGUUUGCGACGGCCGAGGCGGUGCUGCUGACGACAAAGUUCUUCCUCGACAAGGGCCGCGCGCCGCCGCCGGGCUUCAUAUGGUCGAUGGCGGGACAGCUGCCGAUGCCAUGGCGGGGCUACGUGGUCAGCGUCAUGCGCUACGGGCAGAUCUUCACGACGGUGCGGACGGAUAUCCUGCUUUGCGCGUUUGUGCUGGGCGUGUGCGCGUGGUGGAGGGGUCAGUUGUAG